GGUGACGGGAAUAACGAAUGACUCGAACCUGAGGACUCGAGAGGUGAACUAAUCAUUUCUGUUUCCGGUACAGAAUCUAUGGAGAUGUUGCAGCGCAUGCGCGGUCAGAAAUGAACGAAUCACUCUUUGAGACAACUCGUUGUUCCCGAGUCAUAUUAAAGAUUCGUUCAAAAUGAACGAAUCGUUCAUGAACGACACAUCAACUGUUCAACCGUUCGAGUCUGGUAGUAGAGAAGCGGUGAUUACUCUGUAGUGGGAUGGACUGAACAUGUAAAUAGAUACGAGGCGUAAUAUGCCAGUUCUUUUUGUUGUUAAUUCCGUUUUAUGAUUCUUAGAAGAAAGAAAUAAUCGGAUCACAGCUUCCCAGAAGCUGCAGGCCAAGUUGGGGAAGUGACAGAUUUCAGUCAAAAGCCAACAACUGUCACCCAUACUCCUUCAUCCAGGACCAUGGAUGAGGAGGGACAGCAGAGUCUGGAGUGUGUCCAGGCCAAUCAAAUCUUCCCAAGAAAGCCCCCUGUCCUGGAGGAGGAGGAUCUACAGGUGCCUUUCCCAGAGCUGCAUGGAGAGUUUACAAAGUAUGUGGGGAGGGCAGAGGAUGCAGUCAUUGCCAUGUCCAGCUACCGCCUACAUGUCAAUUUCAAAGAGUCUAUAGUCAAUGUUCCUCUGCAGCUAAUAGAAAAUGUGGAAUGUCGGGACAUGUUACAACUCCAUAUCACAUGCAAGGACUGCAAGGUCAUAAGGUGUCAGUUCUCCACAUUUGAGCAGUGUCAGGAGUGGCUGAAGAGGCUUUCCUUAGUGACACGGCCACCCUCUCACCUGGAGGAGCUUUUCUCUUUUGCUUUUCAUGCCUGGUGCAUGGACUCCUAUUGCGGUGAGAAGGAGCAGCACAAUGAGCUCUGCAGGCCAGGAGAACAUGUUAUCUCGCGGUUUCACAGUGAGGUUGAACGAAUGGGCUUUGACACUCAUAAUGCGUGGAGGAUAUCAGAGAUCAACAAUAAAUACAAGCUGUGUUCCAGUUACCCACAGCUACUUGUUGUGCCAUCCUGGAUCACCGAUAAGGAGCUGGAGAACGUGGCAGCCUUCCGCUCCUGGAAAAGGUUUCCGUCUGUGGUCUACAGGCACCAGAGCACUGGCGCAGUGAUAGCGCGCUGUGGCCAGCCAGAGGUGAGCUGGUGGGGCUGGAGGAAUGCAGAUGACGAGCACUUGGUGCAGUCUAUUGCCAGAGCAUGUACCAUGGACAGCAGCUUAUCCAAAACAUUCAUUAAUCACUCAUUCUCUCGUGACUACCUAAAUGGGACCGAUCUCUCAGAUGUUGGCUUUGACUCCUCCAUGACAAACAGUUCGGAGAUGGAAUCCUUGGCUAGCCAACCUCAUAAGCUCCUGAUUUUGGAUGCCAGGUCUUAUGCUGCUGCAGUGGCCAACAGGGCCAAAGGAGGAGGCUGUGAGUGUCCAGAAUACUACCCUAACUGUGAAGUGCUCUUCAUGGGCAUGGCUAACAUCCAUUCCAUUCGCAAGAGUUUCCAGUCUCUGCGAUUCCUCUGUGCUCAGAUGCCUGACCCUUCCAACUGGUUGUCUUCUCUAGAGAACACUAAGUGGCUGCAGCACUUGUCUCUACUGCUGAAGGCUGCAUUGUUAGUGGUGAACGCUGUGGAUCGUGACCACAGGCCUGUGCUAGUGCACUGCUCAGAUGGCUGGGAUCGCACUCCACAGAUAGUGGCACUGUCCAAACUCCUGUUGGACCCUUACUAUCGCACAAUAGAGGGUUUUCAAGUUCUGGUAGAGAUGGAAUGGCUGGACUUUGGUCACAAGUUUGCUGACCGCUGCGGACAUGGAGAGAAUGCAGAGGACCUGAACGAGCGAUGUCCAGUGUUCCUUCAGUGGCUGGACUGUGUGCACCAACUCCAGAGACAGUUCCCCUGCUCAUUUGAGUUCAAUGAGGCCUUUUUGGUGAAACUGGUGCAGCACACGUACUCGUGUUUGUUUGGCACAUUCUUGUGUAACAAUGGGAAGGAAAGAGAAGACCAACACAUCCAAGAGAGGACCUGCUCUGUGUGGUCUCUGCUGCGCCCAGCGAACCGCUCCUUCAGAAACAUGCUCUACUCAUCACUCUCAGAGACUGUUUUGCACCCUGUGUGCCAUGUGCGUAACCUGAUGUUGUGGAUUGCAGUGUACCUGCCCAGCUCAUCUCCCCCAACACCCUAUGAUGAAUCCUGUGUCUCCUUCUCUCUGUCUGGUAUGAACCCUGAGGACCAUCCUUUAGUCAGGUGUCCCAAAACCCGAUCUUUUGAUAACUUGCCCAGUGCAUGUAUAGUUGGAAAUUCCCUGCCCUCUAACAGACAUUCCAGUGACCCCAGCCUGAAUGAGAGGUGGCAAGAGCAUCACAGACCACUGGAACUCAACAUAGUGGCAGGACCUGAUGGCACCAUACUGCAGGACACAGAGGGGUGGCCAAAUGGCCAGUUGAUGGCUGGACUUAACAUAGCUACACUGGAUAGGGAGACAGAGGACUGGGAGUGUUCUCAAGAUAUCAACUGUGUAAGGUUGCCAUUGGGUGAGGGAGUGGAGGCUGAGCUUUCAGUGGACAUUGCAAUGGGACAGAUAGAAAAUAUUUUGCAAGAGGCUCCUGCAGACAGCCAAAGAGAUGCUAAAGCAGAGUAUGCUAACAAUCCUGUUAUUUCCAGUGGUACUGAAAAUAAAAAUGGCACUAAUACUUAUUUGACUGUGGAUGAGAAAAAUGCUGUUGCCAAUAGCUUUGAGGUGCCUCAAGAUGUUUAUGUUGAAGGUGACAGUGUUGAAAGUCCAGAUGAGUCAAAAUUCAGUAAUGUUCAAUGCCAAAGUUCAGUGCUGAAUAAGAAAUCAUGUGAUUCAGUGAUUCAUUUAGUUCAUGCCCCAGAUGGAGUGAAAGCCACUGAGAACCAGGAAUCAGUCCAGAUUGUGGAAGAAGUUUUGGACAAAUGCACAACAGCAGUGGCCCAAAAUCUUCACAGCAGUUGUAAUACUACUUACUCUCCCUCCACUGCCAACAGGAUUUUCAGUAAUGGAUAUGGGGAAGAGGUAAACAAGGAGCACAAAGUACUCUGUCCAGUUCCAGAGACUACCAGGCCUGUUACAGAGUUGGCUGAGAAGCAUCUUUCUAUUCUGGAAAGCUCCACAGAAACCCUCACUGAAAAUUUUGGCAUCCGUUCAGAGACUCUUGUACCCAUGACCGUUUCUACACAGCCCAAAACCAAACACACAUGCCUCAACCAUAGCCCUGAGUCAGAUACUGAGCCACAAAGUGCUGCCAGAAUGCUAAACAGCACCUGCAAGCAACCAACCCUCAGUGGCUUCCCUCUCACUUUUGCUUCUGCUAAACCACUCCACACCAUGUGUAACAGUGACUCCUCCAACCCUGAUCCUUCCACCCCUCAACAGUCUCUUCUGAGUCGCCAGCUGUCUCUGGCCAGCUGUAGCUGCUCUAUUCAACGCUGCACGCAUUCUGACCACAGCCACCUUGAUGACGAUGGCCUCACACUGCACACAGAUGUCGUGCAGCAGCGCCUGCGCCAGAUCGAGGCUGGCCACCAACUUGAGGUUGAGGCACUGAAAAGGCAGGUGCAAGAGCUGUGGAGCCGGCUGCAGAACCAAUAUGCCACCACAGCACAGCGCUGCCUCAAUGGAGACCUGGGAGAUGAAAUGAUCUCAGUUGCAGACUCAGACUUUAACUUGGACCCAAACUGCCUAUCACGCUGCAGCACAGAGCUCUUCUCAGAGACCAGCUGGGAGCAAGUGGACAGACAAGACACUGAGGUGACCCGGUGGUAUCCUGAUCAUCUGGCUGUACAGUGUUAUGGCUGUGAGAGAGGAUUUUGGCUGGUCACUAGGAAGCAUCAUUGCAGAAGCAAGGAGUGUGUGGAGGAGGCUUGGAACUGUGGUAAUGUGUUUUGUGCCAGCUGCUGUGAUCAGAAAAUUCCUGUGCCAAGUCAGCAGCUGUUUGAACCAAGUCGUGUGUGUAACGCAUGUUACAACAGCUUGCAGUCCUCUGCUCCUACUCACGGCCAACUCCAACUAACCUCUUCCCAAUACGUUGCCUCAACAUGUACAGCAGCUGAGGGAUAAAUAGUAGAAGCUUCUGGACACUUAUUCUUGGGCACAGCAGGAACAAACUGCAAUUGCCCCCCCCCCUUUUUUUUCUUUUCUUUUUUGUUAACUUCUGCAGCUAAACGGGAAAUAUGUCUGUACAUGGAGUGAAAUGUGCUUGGAGGCAAGGUAUCUAAGGAUUUUUCUUGGAAUAUUUUAAGCACUUUGGGUGACACAUUCAUGUGACUGACUGCUGGUUUGAAUAGCUGAGACACACACAGAUGUUUAGUGAACUGCUGGACAUAUUUAUGAAGUCAGGGAUUGACUCGGGUUCUGCUGAAAAGUUUCUUUCUUUUUGCCUUCUCUUUCCCUUGGGUAUAGAAAGUGAAUCCUGCCAAGUUUCAGAGAAGGCUGUCUUGGGGUGGCCACGUCAAUUGGAAUCAAAUUGAAGGCGAUUUAUUCGUGUCAUCAUCUCACAAAGACAUGAUUUUCACUGUUGAAAGUGUUUGGUGCUUUUUGAGUGAGACAAGUUUUGGUUCUAUUCAUAGCUUUGCUCUACCUGUUCAUUUUUUGUUGCUGCUCUUUAUAAAUGAAAUGUUUUCAACUACCAGAGACUAAGUGGUACCUCAAUAGAUACUUUUUGGUGAGGUCUUGACCAAAUAUUUUAGCACACCUGGAGUUUAUUUGCCGUUCUGUUUUUGCCCCUUUUCUUAAUUUGAUCUUUAAGAUUUUUUGAGAUUACACAGCAAUCCCAAGUCCUCUCCUGUUUAAAAGACAUUUGUCACCAUGCAGACUGGAAGACUCUAUCCAAACUGACCCUCUGUUUUAGGGCAGCUGCUCUUUUCCAUCAGUUACUCAUUUGCCGCCAAGUAAUACCAGCUGAAGGGACGUGUAAUGUGCAUGUGCAUCUAUUACAGACAUAUCUCUACCUGUGGCUAUUUGUGAUGAAUUGGUGAUGCCAUUUUCUCCAGAUUGCUGAUAUUGUCACAACCUCAGUGAAAACAAAUGCUUGCAGCAUACCCUCUAGUUUUUAUUUGCCACUUAACAUGUUCAUUAAUAGCUUUUUUGUAACAAUGCAAAACAGAUGAAAUAAUAUAUAAGGAUUGAAUGUAUAGCAUUUAAGGAGAUGUAAAUUGUUUAGAAUUCUUGAAUAGUGGCUCACAAACUUAAUCACCAGAAAUUAUAGUUGUGUUUUUGUGGUUUCCAGAUUUUUUUUUACUUUCUUUUUUUCUAUCAUCAAAUCACCAAAAUACAAUCCAGGAGGAAAAAAAAGAUAAUUGUACAGGCGAAGUUUAUUUAAAAUGCGGCACUAGGGUCGCUCCCUGAUGUUCUGGCAGAUUUUUCUUAACUAUUUAUUAUUGACAUUUUAUUUGUUGAGUUUGAUGUCAAUUUUGACAAUUCAGUUGCCACAUGAAAAUCAAUGUUUUAUGAGAAGAGAUGAGUGGUGAUACUGUAUGACCUGCCUGUGUACUGAGGACAGUGAGUCAAUAUGCCCCCAACAUACACACAUUCAAUAUCAUUUAUACAUUUUCACAACCUUUCCACCUCUUAUUUGGUAAUUCACGCAAUUAGGCUGUGCUCAUUGUGUUUUCUUCAUUAUGCCUAAUGUUUUUCUUCAUUUUUCUAAAUUAAAUUAGUCUUAAAAUAAAUCUAUUAGUCACAAAAGUUCAGAACAAAUUAAUUUUAACUGUUAAAAAGAAAGAUCAAUCUGUUAUGUUAAACUGAGAUUAAAAGGAGGGAAGUAGCGGUGUUAAAUCUGAAUGCUCAUUAAGACAUGGUUGUAACUUUCAUAACCCCAGUAGCUGGGCUCAUUUGACAUUUGAAUGACUUGAUAUUAACAUCAGUCCAUGAAUGUGAAAUUUGUUUUUCAAAAAGAAAAUUCCUAGGUUUAAUUUCUUGCACAAUGAUAACUGUUUGAAAUAGACACUCAAAGUCACCUGACAAUAAAUUUAAAAAUGAAACACCA